UUUGCUAUUACCCUGGUCCAGGGUCGAGCCCAAUGGCCACCCACCGGAGGAGCCUAGAAGAGGUUUGCGACCUCAUCGGCGGGUCCCACAGCAUCAGAGACCUGAGCCAGAAGCUGCAGUUCUAUGACCAGUGGGCACCGCGCUAUGACCAGGAUGUUGACGUGCUGGAGUACAGGGCCCCCCGUCUGGCUGUGGGGCAUUUGGCCGCUGCCUGGUCCUCGCCGCCUGAGGAGGCACUGAUCCUGGACGUGGCCUGUGGCACUGGACUCGUGGCUGCAGAGCUGCGGAGACAUGGGUUCUGCCAGAUUCACGGCAUGGAUGGCAGCGCUGGCAUGCUGGAGAGGGCACGGCAGCAGGGGCUGUACCGAUGGCUGGGCCUCUGUACCCUGGGCCAGGAGUCCCUGCCCGUCCCCUCGGACCAGUACGACGCGGUGACUAUCGUCGGGGCCCUGAGUGAAGGCCAGGUGCCCUGCAGUGCCCUGCCAGAGCUUCUGAGGGUCACCAAGCCAGGGGGUUUGGUGUGUCUGACCACCAGGGCCAACACCUCCAACCUGCGCUACAAGGCGGAUCUGGAAGAAGCCCUGGAGACCCUGGUCCGGGCCGGGCGGUGGGAGCGGUUGUUGGAGCAGCCCGUGGAGCGGUGGGAAAGGGCCACCGCCCCCGAGGAAGAGCAGCCCGGCCCCACAGGCCAGGGCCGAGGAGGCCACGGCUUCAUCCCCGGCGUGAUCUUCCUGUACCGCAAGAGUCCGGCUCCCUGAACGGUGCCCAGACCCCUUCCCCACUCUGUGACCCCAAAUCCCUCACCCCCCAGGGAGCCCAGGGCAUAAAUACCACCCUGGGCACCAAGUGAGCGCUUAACGAAUACAGUUAUUAACAGAUCGGAUGGAA